GGUAACCAUUGAAAAAGUUACUUACGCAAGGUGCCGAAGGAGUUUGGCUUUUACACGCAAAAACUUGCCAUGAAUAUAUGAAGUAUCUUCUUCUCUCUUUGUUUCAUGAUUCAUCAACUUUCUCCACCGAGAGAGAAAUGGAAGCAGCAUCAUGGCCGACAAUAAUUCUACUACUGAUCAUUCUGAUAUGGGCAUGGAAGAUGCUGAACUGGUUAUGGCUGAGGCCAAAGAGGCUUGAAAGGCUUCUGAGAGAACAAGGCCUUCAAGGCAACUCAUACACGCUUUUUGUUGGGGACUUGAAGGAGUUUGGCAAGAUGCGAAAUGAAGCCUUAUCCAAACCCAUGAAUCUCUUCUCUCAUGACAUAGCGCCGCGCGUGUUAUCCUUUAUCCAACACACUGUCAACAAGCAUGGCAAAAAUUCUUUUAUCUGGUUUGGGCCAAUACCAAGGGUGACCCUCACAGAUCCUGAGCAAAUCAAAGAUGUACUCAACAAGAUUUAUGACUUUGGAAAGCCUGAUAUGAAUCCGCAUGUUAGGUUACUAGCUCCUGGUCUUGUAAGCCAUGAGGGAGAAAAGUGGAGCAAGCACAGAAAGAUAAUCAACCCCGCAUUCAAUUUAGAAAAGUUGAAGAAUAUGUUACCACUAUUCAUCAAAUGUUGUGAUGAUCUGAUUAGCAAAUGGGAGGGAAUGUUGUCUUCAGAUGGAACGAGUGAAACAGACAUAUGGCCUUUCUUUCAGAAUUUGGCUAGUGAUGUUAUUUCUCGAACAGCAUUUGGAAGUAGUUAUGAAGAAGGAAGAAGAAUAUUUCAACUUUUAAAAGAGCAAACUGAACUCACAAUACAAACUUUCUUGAAAGUUAACAUACCUGGAUGGAGGUUUGUACCUACUACUACACAUAGAAGGAUGAAGGAAAUCAACAAAGAUAUAGAAGCUUCGCUUAUGGAUAUGAUUAACAAGAGAGAGACAGCUCUAAAGGCGGGUGAAGCCACUAAAAAUAACUUGUUAGAUAUACUUCUGGAGUCAAACCACAAGGAAAUUCAAGAACAGGGAAAUAAGAAUGUUGGAAUGAAUCUUGAGGAAGUUAUUGAGGAAUGCAAGCUAUUCUACUUUGCAGGGCAGGAGACCACCUCAGUUUUGCUUGUUUGGACAAUGAUUUUGUUGAGUAUGUACCCUGAUUGGCAAACACGCGCAAGGGAGGAAGUCUUACAAGUUUUUGGCAACCGAAAACCAAAUUUUGAAGGACUGAAUCACCUUAAGAUUGUUACCAUGAUUUUGAAUGAGGUUCUUCGGUUAUACCCACCAGUAGUUGGUCUUGCUCGAAAAGUUAACGAAGAUGUGAAACUUGGAAACCUAUCAUUACCUGCUGGAGUGCAGAUUUCCUUGCCAAUAGUUUUGGUUCACCAUGAUUGUGAGCUUUGGGGUGAUGAUGCUAAAGAGUUCAAACCGGAGAGAUUUUCUGAAGGACUUCUAAAGGCCACAAAUGGAAGGGUUUCAUUUUUUGCCUUUGGAGGGGGUCCUAGAAUAUGCAUCGGACAAAACUUUUCCUUUUUGGAAGCAAAGAUUGCUUUGUCAAUGAUCUUACAACGUUUCUCGUUUGAACUUUCUCCAACCUAUACUCAUGCUCCAACUUCCGUUAUUACUCUUCAACCCCAACAUGGUGCUCAUCUCAUUCUACAUAAGGUGGAAAUAUGAAAAAAUAAUUAUUAGCUCAUAUUGAAAGUUUAUAAUGUAAUAACAUUUCAACAAUAGAGAUACAAACCUUUUCAUAUCACUAUUAUCAGUUUAUUUUCUUUAGUAUUAAUGAGAAAUGCAUAUGAUUUCCUUUAAGCAGACAAA